AUGCACAAAGGUUCCAAGAAAUACUUCGGCCAGAAGUCCUUCAGCGAAGUGGCUAUGGACGAUUACCUGGGCAGCCUGGGGCUGUACCGAAAGAUGACGGCCAAGGACGCCUCCUGCCUCUUCCGAGCUGUCUCGGAGCAGCUGUUUUUAUCUCAAAUUUAUCACACGGACGUCAGGAAAGCUUGCGUCUUGUUUAUGAGGCAGCACCAGUCAAGGUUUGAAUCUUAUGUGGAAGGCUCGUUUGAGAAAUACCUAGAACGACUGGGAGAUCCAAAGGAAAGUGCUGGCCAGCUGGAAAUAAGUGCUUUAUCAAUGAUGCACAAGCGAGACUUCAUUGUGUACAGGUACCCUGGGAAGCCACCCACACGUGCUACAGACAAUGGCUUUGGAGACAAGAUUUUACUGUGUUGUUCCGGUAACGGCCAUUAUGAUUCUCUGUAUACAAAACAAUUUCAGGAAAAUGCUGCCAUUUGCCAGGCUGUAUUAUAUGAGAUCCUCUACAAAGAUGUGUUUGGCAUGGAUGAGGAAGAAUUAAGGUCUGCAGUUGAGGUGUUUCGAAGUGGAUCCAAGAAGAACAGAAACAGUGCUCCUGUAGGAAGUGAGGAUGCAAACUUUGGUUGUCUCCAUGAGAAAGUGCCCAGAAAUCCAUCAGAAAAGAGGCUGGAUGACUGGGAAGGCAAGGAUGCUGACAAUCCACAGGAAACCAGGUUCAAACAAGGCACUGAAGAACAAAAGCCUCCUGAAAAUCCUCCAAAGAUGCCUGUUCCUUAUAAAGUGCUGAAGGCACUGGACUCUACUAUCUAUCGAAAUGUGGAGUUUGAUGUUUGGCUGGACAGCAGAAAAGAGCUUCAGAAAACUGACUACAUGGUGUUUGCUGGGAGACAGUACUAUUUAGGAGACAAGUGUCAGGUGUGUCUGGAACCAGGAGAGAAGUAUUACAAUGCUCAUAUCCAGGAAGUUGGACACGAUAGCAACACGCUGACUGUAUUUGUUGAGGAGCUGGCAGAAAAGCACACGGUUCCUUUGGCAAACUUAAAGCCAGUGACACAAGUGGCUCCUGUCCUUGAUUGGAGCAUGGCUCACAACAGAAGAGGAGGAGCUUAUCAGAAAGUAACAGGUGGACACUUCUCAGGAAUAGAAAUGGACAUGAAAACACGGAAGAGGAUGCUCAAGAAAGUCCGUGGGAAGGAAGUGUUCAUGGCUGUGGAUUACAGCAGGUGCCAGCCAGUGCUGCCACCCAGGCUGCAGCAGAGUGCUCCCUCAGGGCGCUUCCCUCCCAUCCACUGCUCCCAGGGAGGGGCAGGCAUGGCACCCUACAAACCCUAUCACCAGCAGAAUGCUCCCAGACACCACCGGGACUCUGGGAUGCCAAGCUCGUACAGCCGCCGCCCGCUGCAGUGUGGGAGCAGGGAGUGCCAGUACGGCUUCGUGGCAGGGGCUGCAGAGGAGCCCCAGGGGCCAGAAGGAGCUGUAACUUUCUGUGAGAUUGAAGGAGAUGAUGACGCUGCUUUCCCCGCUCUGCCUGUGAGUUAUGAACAAAGGAGCCACAGUAGCCCUGUUCCCAUUGUCCAUGGUCCAGGGACGUUUUGGGUAGCAAGGAGAAGUCCAAAUUCUGUUCCAUCUAACAAGCAGACCCUGAGUGCCUUAGAGGAAGAAGAAGCAAGUGAAAAUGGAAAUUAUCAUGAGGGAUAUGCCUAUGCACCUCCAGAUCCCAACUGUGGAACUGCAACAGUGUUUAGUUCAGCAGAACCUACAGCAAACUUGGUGUUGGUGAACUCUGCAACAGUUGCCACCUCCACAGAUGUUUACACUGCUCCAGCUACAGGUUUCUCUUCAAAUUCUGCUGCCUCCACUCCAGCCAGUGUCAUAACAGCAGCUCCCCCACAAACAGCAGUUCAGCCUGUCAUAGUAUCUCCCUUUUCUGUGGGGAGGCCAGCAGUUUCUUCAGUGCCAUUCCCAAUUUAUUCAGCUCCUUUUCCCCCAGUGAGUGAGGUGGGAGAAGCCAGUGCUGUUCUUCCAGCUUACUCUUGUGAUCCCAGUGGCAGUGAUUUGCCUCGAGAUACAAAGGUCUUGCGGUAUUAUUUUAAUAUGGGAUUGCAGUAUUGCCAUCAGAGCUGUUGGCCUUCCGUGAUGUACGUGCAGCCAGUGCUGCCUCCAUCUCCAGUGGAAGUUUACCCAGCCUAUGCUGAGCCAGCUCCUGUCCUGGAUCAGUCAGUGCCUCAGCUCUUCCCUGACUCUGGGCAAGCUGAAGUACCCCAGGUUCCCUUGGAGGCAUCAGCAAAUGGUAACUUCCAAAGCACAGAGCCUCCACGCCUGUCCUAUGGGCCAGUGUAUUACCCAGUGGUGUCAGACCCCUUCAGCCAGCAGCCUCUGCCUGGCUUUGACUCUGUGGUUCCUGCUUACCACUACAUUGGGACCUGGCAUCCUGUAAAUCCUCCCCAUGGAAGCUCCCCACCAGUGGCUAAGGCUGGGGGCUCAGGAGCACCACCCCAGGUCAGCUACGUGGCCUCCCCCAACCCUGCACCUCCUGAUGCACCUCAGGGAAUGUAA